GGAGGCCUCCCUCGGGUGGGCGGCAGCGCCUUUCUCUCAGGUAGAGCUUGGCUUGGAGCUCCGAGCAGCUGCUCUUGUUACCCGAAAGGAAGGGCGGGCAAUUAAAAAAAAAGUUUUCCGAGAGGAGGAAGCGACUCUCCUUCGUUAGUUUGUGUUUUAGGAGGCGGACGAGAUCGGAGUGUUGGGCCGGGGUGAGGUUAUGUUUUUCAAGGAACAAAAUUAUGGGCUCUGAAGAGAAAGAAAAUGAAUUAUACAGAAUCACAACUUCUCAGCAAGCAUUCUCCUCUGGUUGUGGUGCUGUUAUUACAUCGGUUUUGGUGACACCCCUAGAUGUUGUUAAAGUUCGACUGCAAGCCCAGAGCAAUCCAAACCUGAAAGGAAAGGCUUUUUUGGAUUCUGAUGGCUUGACAGAUCAUGUUUAUCUCUAUGAAAAUGGAACUGGCAAAACUUGGCAUAAGACAGCUGGACGUUUUACUGGCAUGACAGAUGCUUUUGUGAAAAUUGUUCAAAGAGAGGGUGUGAAAAGCCUGUGGAGUGGACUAUUUCCAUCGCUAGCAGUUUCAGUUCCAACAACUGUAGUUUAUUUUACCUGCUAUGAUCAACUACAUGAUACGUUCGGUUCUAAAAUAGGAGAAGAUCAUGAUUCCGUUCCACUUAUUGCAGGUGGCCUAGCUAGAUUGUGUGCAGCCACUGCAACAAGUCCGAUCGAAAUGAUAAAAACAAGAAUGCAGUCUCGGCGGUUGAGUUAUAAAAAGCUGCUUGCUUGCAUUAGUAGUAAUGUGACCCAAAGUGGUUGGCUUUCACUCUGGAAAGGAUGGGGUCCCACAGUUCUUAGAGAUGUACCAUUCUCAGCAUUGUACUGGUGUAACUAUGAAUACUUGAAGAAGAGGUUAUGCAAGAAAUUAGGUAAAAGGGAGCCAACAUUCCUUAUCACUUUCUCAUCAGGAGCAGUAGCUGGUUCUAUUGCUGCUGUAUUAACUUUACCCUUUGAUGUAGUUAAAACACACAAGCAGACUGAAAUGUGGGAACCUGUCAGCACACAUGUAGUUUUGUUUUACUCAGCUUCACAGCAGAGGAGUUUAUCGAUAUGGGAAUUAAUGAAGAGAAUUGUUGCUGAAAAUGGAUUUACUGGAUUAUAUACUGGCAUUAUUCCAAGACUGACCAAAAUUGCUCCUGCUUGUGCCAUAAUGAUCAGCGCCUAUGAAUAUGGGAAAUCUUUCUUCCGUAGAAUAAAUAAAGAGAAAGCUAUGAAGAACCUUUAAUGCUGAUUCUGUAAACUUGGUGGCAGCAGUAAGAAGGUCCAUAAGAUAAUUUUAUAUCUUAAAAAUAUAGUUGAUAAGCUCCUUGCAUAUCAUGCAUGCCUUCAAGUCAGCUCUGUUGAAGACGAGGACCUAGUUCUGCAAAGGAAGAAUGCUGCACAGCCCAUGAACUGCCCUAGGCUUCCUCCGGGAAAACUGAAAUGUCUUUCAUACAGUAGCCACUUGAUGUAGCUAACCAUCAUAUAGCUGGUAACAGUCCCGCUGGUUUUAGCAAUAUUUCCCCCCCCCCAGAACCGUAUUUUGAAAUUAUACAUACAAGGUUGUAUUUCCACAAAGGAAAUAACGACUCAGACACUCAAGGCCAUAUUAUUUAGAGUGCCUACAUCAUGUGAUUGAAUAAUCCAGGUUAACAGCGUAUGUGAAUAAGGCAUAGGAGUAGGACAAACAAAUUUCUUCAGCAGCUAUGUUUAAUAUGCACAGAUCUUAAUGAAAACCAUGAGAAUUUCCUAGUUUGGAUAUUUCUACACUGUUAUGUUACCAAAAUCUUUAGCAUGGCAUUACCCAGAAACAACCACCUUUUAAAUUAAACAAGGAAAAUGUAUUUUCUUAAUAAAAUAUAAAGUUUA